CGACUCGCUCGAGCCGGCUGAGAUUCCGUUAAUUGAGCAUCGAGCAGUCCCAAAAACGCGCGUCUAGACGGGGCCCAGGUGCUUGACUACUCGCGAGAGCGGGGGAUAAACAGAUCAGCAGCGGCAUCAAACGCGAAAACAACCGUCGUUUUGCAAUUCUCCGCGCUCGGCAAUUAACUGCGUCACGUGGGGGACACCUGAUUACACCACCUCUGUGGAAGAUAAAAUUGCACCGAGGAGGCUUUAUCUCGCGUGAGGAAGUGAAGGGGACCGAAACGAGUAGUGGGGCAGGAAGUUAUCCUGCCGCGUGAGUCCUCGAGCGCAGUGCGAUCGAGACUAGGCGCGAGUCGACAACCUUUGCCGCGAAUCGAUAGUCCGCAAGUCUACACACACACACACACACACACACACCGGUCGAUCACCUCGAUCAAUCUCACCGAGUGCAUCACGUGUCGUGCGGUUAAUUAGCACGCGGGUGGCUGAUCGGAAACUACAGAGAGAGAGAGAGAGAGAGGACUGUUCUCGAGAUGCUGAGAGCCGAGUGAGACAGAAACCGAAACGAGAAACAGUGCACGAAUCGAAGCAAAGGUGGAGAGGGGACCGGCCGAUUAACUGGAUUCGCAGGGGGUGCGGUCGGAGCCGCCGAGGGAGUUUAAAUAGAUGCAGGAAUCUGCGGACGGCGCCGUGGAGAGAGAAAUUAUCAGAUACCUACCUACGCUCGAAAGGACGCUCGCCCGAUCGUGCCCGAAGGGUGUUUUUUGAUCAAACAGAUGGUGCUCGUGAAUAAAUUCAACGAGAGGAAAGGAUAAAGUCCCGCGUUUUGAAAGAUCUUUGCGGAAGAAAAAAAAAAGAAACAUUGACGGUUAGAAAAUUGUCGAAGCCAAUAUUCACGAACUCUGUUGGAAAAUCAAGUGACUGUUUACACGCGCCGGAGAAAUCGAAAAAAAAAAAAAAAUAGACAUUGAUUAACAAGCGAGAUAUCUGGUUGCGCGUUGCGGUGUACAUUUCUUUGAGACAUCGCGAUCAGAGAAGUGGUCUGGAAGCCGAACGUUAAUUCGAACGUUUGAAUGACACUGGCAGCUUCUAACAAGGUUUCGGAAGCUUAAUCGGGAACGACAUCGCGAACAUGUUGUGCGGCACGUUCAAAAAACAGAGGAGACAUCCGGGGGACGAGUAUCGGUUGGUUAGAUCAAACACCAUGACCAGAAUAGUGUCGGGAGCGCGAGACGCCAAUCUGGUGUCCGUUCGGAGAACGAAGUCCACGAGGGUCGCCGCUCGACCGUCGCUGAUCAAGGACCUGCUGCAUAUGGGUCUUGACAAUGUAAGCUCGGCGACCCUCAGGCCCUUUAACUCGGACAUCAACACGCCGAGGAUCGACAGCUACAGGUUCUCCAUGGCGAAUCUCGAAGAUUCCCAGGAUGUCGAUCUCGAUGCGAUCCUCGGUGAAUUGUGCGCCCUGGAACGACGCUGCGACGGCGACAUCGCCGCCACUCCCGCGCCGGAUUCACAAAGGCCGGGACGACCGACCAGCGCGCGAAUCAAUCCGGGAGAUAACACGGACAUUAAAAAUGAAGGAGGUAUGCGCACCGACAGUCCCGACAAUGACAGCGCAUUCUCGGACACAGUAUCCAUGUUGUCUAGCGAAAGUUCGGCAAGUAGUAGCGGUUCCGGACACAAACCACCUCAAACCGCCAUGCACACGGCUCCUCAACAACAACCGCAUCAACUUGUCGAUGCAGCGAGCAGAGCAAAGGCAGAGAAGAUCCGUCUGGCACUGGAGAAGAUGCGCGAAGCCAGUGUACAAAAGCUCUUCAUCAAAGCUUUUACGUUGGACGGUAGCGGGAAGAGUCUUCUGGUCGACGAGGGAAUGAGCGUCGCGCACGUGUGUAGGUUGCUCGCGGACAAAAAUCACGUGCCAAUGGAUCCGAAGUGGGCCGUGGUCGAACACUUGCCUGAUCUCUUCAUGGAGAGAGUCUACGAGGACCACGAGUUAUUGGUGGAGAAUCUUUUACUGUGGACCAGAGACUCCAAGAAUAAACUGCUCUUCGUCGAGAGACCGGACAAAACUCAGUUAUUCCUCACGCCCGAACGGUUUCUGCUUGGUCCUUCGGAUCGCGGUGGCGGCGAAUACGACGACCACUUGAGAAAUAUUGUACUAGAGGAGUUCUUCUCGAGCAGCAACGUCGGCAUGCCCGAGGUCGAGGGUCCUCUAUACUUGAAAUCGGACAGCAAGAAGGGUUGGAAGAGGUAUCACUUCAUUCUACGAGCCUCCGGUCUCUAUUAUUGGCCGAAGGAGAAGGCUCGCACCGCUCGGGAUCUCGUGUGUCUGGCAACUUUCGACGUUAAUCAGGUUUACUACGGCGUCGGUUGGCGAAAGAAAUACAAAGCGCCCACCGAUUUCUGCUUCGCCGUGAAACAUCCGCGACUGCAACAGCCCAAGUCCACCAAGUACAUCAAAUUCCUGUGCGCGGAGGACAACGCGUCUCUGGAGCGAUGGAUGGUCGGGAUUCGCGUGGCCAAGUACGGCAGGCAACUGAUGGAAAAUUACCGAGCGCUCGUAGAUGAGCUGGCGCAAGAGGAUCUGGAUCUGCUGGCGCACGCCAGAUCGUGUUCCGUCAGCUCUAUCGCGGCGCCACCGAAUCAGACCCAAUAUAACACGACGAAUGAUAACGCGAGGCAGUUUGCCGAAAACGUGAGGCACAGCAACGAAACUACGGUCGCGCAGACAAGACAGUACGACGGUCAAAGGCAGAGUUACAAUUCGGAACAACGACAGAGUUACAACAACGAUGGCAGACUGAGCAGAGCGAGCAGCUCUAGCUCCAGCGGAUGCUUGUCCGACGGGGCACCGAGUAGCUGUGAGGUGGCCUUCGAAUGUGGUGAAUUUCCGACCGGCACGAUAAAGCGAAAACCGUCAAUGAAUCCGAAGUUGCCUCUCACGUCGAUCACUAGGCAGUUGAAGGAGGUCGGUGAAACCGUGCGAGACGAACCGGAUUCCUGUCCGAGUCCGACGAGUUCGGGAUCGGGCACGCUGACCAGAAGACACAGUCGUCGGCGAAGCGGCACCGAUUCCGAUGGCUCCGGAACGCUUAAGAGACAUCACAGAUCUGGAAACGCAACACCCGUUAGUCCUGUGCCUCCCGGUACACCGGUGAGGGAGAGAGCGAGUCCAAUGGGAUAUAACAGAUCGGACAGUCAGGAGAAGACGCCGACGAGUCCGAUACAAUCGUGUAUGAUGGAUUCGAUAACUUCACUGCCGCCACCACCGUCGCCGUCGAGAGUCACCGAAGAAGUUGAGUCCGACAGCGAGCCACUUCCACCGCCGCCACCCGAGAUGUUUCGGUCGAAUCUCUCGCUUGAUUCUCUCCCGCCGCCACCCGCGCCAGGCGAACUGCCAGUUUGCAACACGCCAGAACUCACAGGCUCCUCGUUGAGUCUCGCGUCUCUGCCGCCACCGCCCAGCCCUCUGGUUGGCGAAACCGGAACGAUACGUCGAGCUAGACCCAAGCAGUCCACUCCCACGAACUCUAUUACCCCGGAAAAUACACCCACGCACACUCCCAAUCUCAGAUCGCAGUCGAAUCAAAUGUACGCUAACGCGAACAGUGUUACGGUUAACAGCAAUUCAAUCCAGAAUUCCAAUCAGAAUUUCAAUUCGAACGCGUCUCCGAACGCUCACGUUAACAAUAACGCCAAUUCCGUACCUUCUCCUCACAGUUCCUAUCCGGGAUCGACGGCGAGCACGCCGACGUUCACACCGAGCUCGCCGAGCUUCGCCGCACCGCCGCCGUUUGUACCACCGCCGGCUUACGGUUCCCAACAACCGCAACACUCCCAGAGUCUCGGCAGACAGAACUCCAAGUCCGAAUCGGUUUACGCGAGUCACGGUCCUCAUCAUCACACCAUCAAUGUCGUGCAACCCAUCAGGCCGAAUCCGAACAUGGAUACCGUGCGACGCAGCGCCAUGAAGCAAGGUAGCGGUCAUUACGCGGCUCCACCCUAUCUGGCCGAGCUGAAAGCGGCCUCGAGUCCGCAGCCGCAACGUCGGGUAACCAUUCAGGAACCCCCGACGUCGCCCAAGUCGAAGACCGGAACCGGUAAGAAAAUCACGUUCAAUUUGCCUCCCCAGCAAGAACCCGGAAGUCCCGCUCUGCCACAACGUAAACCCACGCCGCCUAGACGAUCCGACAGCACCAGACUCACGUCGCCGAAGAAACUGGCCGCGUCCGAUCAAGCGCCGCCGGGCGACUUCCUGAAGGAUCUCCAGAGAGUGAUGAGGAAGAAGUGGCAGGUCGCGCAAAAGUGCAAGCUAGACUCGACGACGACGCCGCACGAGGUGCUCGGUUUCCGUGAUCCGCCGCCAGCCGUGGCGGACUACAGGGAAACCAACGUGUCCAACUGGGUGCAAGAACACUACGGCGCGGACAAUUUGUACGAGAACGUGUACGCUACGGAUCCGCACGGACCGGUCGAGUACGCGUCCAGUCCGGCGCGACAGCCGACAGUGAGGUUUGCCGAUGAGAAUCGCAGUAUAAACAUCGUGAACGCGAUCGCGGGCAAGAGGAGACCACCGCCGCCGCCGCCGAAACGGGCCGAGACCACACAUCUCACCACUACCAGGGCGAUGCACUGACAAUAGCAGAUAAUUCAGCCUCAUCCCGAGAGGCGAUGGUACUGCUGUCUCUGCGGCUGGUGGAAGGACUGAGAAGAGUGCGGGGGACGGCACGCGACCGUUCCGGGAUGCCGGCUACGUUGAGUCCACGUGUGUUUAUAGCUGCACUUUCUUUAUCCGAAGAAUCGAAUCGAUGAGACGCAGGAGAAAUGCUUCUUCGGUUGUAACAAGAAGGAUUAUACACGUUUUCGUUGCACACUUUGUUGUCGAGCUCUACGUUGAUAGAUUUUAUCUUUCGAAUCGGGGGGAGUUUGUUGUUCAGGUUUGAGCGAAAUAAUAAUAUAUCUGCCAACUCGGAUUUGGCUCUCUCCGUAACAAAAUUGAUUGACAAACUGAAUGUCAAUCGAAGGAAAAUGAGAUUACGGAAAGUUCUGGACGAAUUACAGAAAAAAAAAAAAAAAAAAAAAAUGAUAAAUCAUCCUUGCAUUAUCGAUGCGAGAUUAGGUUUUUGAUGCGGAAAAUCGGUGGGAGGCGAUUGAAAAAGACGUUCUUUUUGAGCAACGAAUUAAACUCGAACGCGAGCCCGCAAAUUUUCGAUAGCGUUUAUGAUCACAAUACAUACAAGAAACACUGCCGCACAUACAUAAAAAGGAUGUGAUAUAUAAAUGUUAAGCGAUUAACGCCCGUGCUUUCGUGAUCGGUUUGAGAAAUGAAGAGACGACAAGGAGAAGCAGAAGACGCGACGCAAUUUUCGACGGAAAAAAAAUUAAAAAAAAAAAACAAAAAAACACAAAAAAAAGGGAAAAUAGUCGAAUCGCAUUUUUCGGUCGAGAGUUCUAUUUGUGCGCAUAUUUCAUAACCGCUAACUGCCUCGUCUGCGAUUUUCUCAAGUAUACUCUCUUGUGGAUGUGAUAAAAGUAAUAUUAAAAUUUAAAAUUAUAUAUAUAUAUAUAUAUACACACGCGCGCGCGCAAAGUAUAAUCUAUUAAGAUAUUUUUCAAAUUUGAAUCGUUCGAUUGCUAAUUAAAAAAAAAAGUAACUGAAAACAUUGAGUUCGGCACUUGACUUAAAUUUAUUUUCCGACAAGCGUUUUUGUUUUUUGUUGUUUUCUUUUCAAUUAUAUCGCUUCAGAGGCGUCGCAAAAACAUUUUGCAACAUAUAUUUGUUUUUCUAAUAAAUUUUACCCCGCGAACGAGGAGAAUUAAUAUAUAUAUAUAUAUAUUUUAUAUAAUUUGUACAUGAGAGCAAGUUUGUUCUUCGCUUUUUCGAAAUAAAAAGCUUGAUUCGGAUUCUAUAUUUCCCCUCCCCCGCCCCCCACCCUCCCCAAAGAUUAUCGUAACGAAAAUCGAUCGCAUAUAUUCUAUAAUGUGUAAACUGCAGCGCUGAAGAAAAGAAAAGCCGACGGAAAAUUCUGUUCCCGGCGCGAAGCGAAAGUGAUCUCACUUGGUACUGUGAAAACACGAACACCUUUCGCACAGCGAGAGUUUUUUUUUUUUAAACGACGCGAGAAGAAGCCAAGUUUUAUGAGAGUACCAUUUUUCGACGCGCGAUUACAUCCUUGUGCAUAGAUAUAUAUGUAUAUAAACUGAUUGCGCGUUUGCAUCGGACUUGUGUGUGUGUGUGUGUGUGUGUAGUUAUUGUCAUACAAUCCGAACACACACGCUUCGGAGCGCGGACGUGAUGAGGAUUAAACGUCCGUGGCGUUCGUCGAACGCGCCCGAUGUGUGACGACGAGCGUGUCUUCUCGUCGAAGUGCGACACACCCAUCACGUGUGUCGCGCGAGAUCUCGUUUACGCCAUUUCCUUUUUGUUCGACGGGGAAAAUAACUCGUCAAGAGUCUGCGCGAGUGUUUCGGACGGACGAGAUGAAAGGAAAACCUCGUCUUCGGCGAUUCGGCCGGAGAUAAGUAGAUGAAAAAAAAAAAAAAAACAAAUACCGCCAAGAAACGUCACAUAUCGCGCGAACGCGCGCGUCAUUCGAUUCGUUUGUCUUGGCGGUUUUCGACUGCUCCUUCCCUUCUUGUUGUUUCCAAGACGUUUUAGAAUUAGAUCGCGUCACGUGCGAACUUGUUUCGCCGAGAUCGCGGAGAAAGUGAAAAAAAUACGCAGCGAGAUCGAUCGUCGCGUACAGUCUCCACAGUACACACAGCAAAUGACGAAGAAGAACAAUUAUAUCAUUCAGUAUAUACAGCUUCCCGUUUGUGAUCGCCAAUGGAAUCUUCAGCAACGACUAGCCGAGCCUUUAUCGAGGGGGUCACGUAGUAGCUGAUGUAGUUUUAUAUCUCGAUUUGUAUCUCGCAUAUUUGCAUGAAACUUUACAUGUGAACGUUUGUAAUCGGACUCUCUUCUACGAACUCUUAUACGAUGCGUACUGUAUCGUGUCGAAUUUUUUAUAUACAUAUAUAUUAUAUAUAUAAAAAAAAAAAAAAUGGGGAACCGCUCGAGCAAGCUCGUUGGUGCGAUGUGAUUUCCGUAUAAGAAAGUAUUUUAUAAGAUCGAAUUUUGAUACGCAAAGAAAUAUUUCGCCGUAGCCGUUGUAUGUGAUUAAGAAAAACACCACAUCGUCGCGAAUGGCGACCGAUUUUUGGGAAAAAUGUCUUUUGAUGUUCCCGUUUUUCUGAGAAAAAAAAACAAACAAAAAUUAGCGCGAUAAUCUUCAAGUAAACUCUAAACUCUACUGAAAAAUAUAGAAAAGAUACGCCAAGUGUCUAUACAAGUGGCUUUUCAAUCAACUUUCGCGAGACAGUAGUUCGGUCGACAUCAGAUCACUUCUGAUUCGUCGUUAUUUUUGCUCUAAAAAAAAAAA